GGAACUUGUAUUAGACACACCAAACAAAAAAAAAAGUAUCUAUCAAAAUUGUAUAAGUUAUAGAUUUAUUCGAAGGAUUUUUGUUUUGUAUUUUGUCACUUUGUUGUUGAAAUGCGGCUUCAUUUUCUGGUGCAUUGCCUGUGGGCGGCUCUACUUGUGGUGUCACAGCUCUCGAGUAGAGGAUAUGCACGAAGUUUGCCAGCCCACGAGACGCUGCCAUUAUCAGUCGAGCAGAAGAUGAAGAUUCCAACUGGCAGCGGCAUGAGGCACGAGCCUGGUACAGCCAGAGGGGCAGCCAUCGCUGUGGGUUCAACCAGGGGCAAAAGCAACUCCACUGCGCUGACCGGACCGGAGUCCACGAUGCUUGUGGCACGAACAGGAACAGGAGCAGGAACAGAAGGAAGUGCUGGCAAUGGCACCGCCGCGGGUACAGGCACUGCGAUUGCCACUGGUAAAAGCACUGCGAUUGCCACUGGUAAAGGCACUGCCCCCGGCGGCCCCUCCGUUGUGAGGCACAUUCUCCGCAAGCGUGAACUGUAUGUGGAUACACCGUACGACUUCCACACGACUCACUUGUUCUGCGACAUGGACAUUCGGAACAGGCACCUGAUCAUCUGGUUCUUUCCCAAUCACUGCAUUUGGGUGUGGAACAACAAGUACGUCCACGAGGGCUUCUACCGGCUCUACAAGAUGUAUCAGUUUGAGGGCUUCAUAUUCGGCCAGUACAACAUUCGGCUAUUCCAAUGGGAGUUUGAGAGUUUCUAUUUUGGCUAUGUCUGGUCAAAAUUGAUCCCGCCAGAACUGGAUUAAAUAUUUAUAUAUUUGUGCACGCUU